GCCUGAGAUCUCUAAGGACACUGAAGAAGGCAGGGGGUCUUCAGAGCCUUGAAUGCCGACCAGAUUGCAGAUCUAGGUGAAUCCAGGAGCAUCAAGGAAAAACUGACAAGGACUUUGAAGUCCUUGCAUUAAACGUUCCUGAAGCACUUCUGUCUGUGCGGGAAGAGGAAGAUGGCUUCGAAAGGGCUGUGGCUGCUUCUACUGCUGAACUGUGCAGCCAGCACUGAAGUCCUGGGUGAGAUCGUGAGGCCCAGCUGUGCUCCUGGGUGGUUUCACCACAGGUCCAAUUGCUACGGAUACUUCCGGAAGCUGAGGACCUGGUCUGACGCUGAGCUCGAGUGUCAGUUGCAUGGAAACAGAUCCCAUCUGGCCUCUAUCCUGAAUUUUAAGGAAGCCCACACCAUAGCAAAGUACAUACUUGGCUAUCAAAGAGGCAAGCCCGUGUGGAUUGGCCUGCAUGACCCGCAGAAGACACAGCAGUGGCAGUGGAUGGACGGGGCCACGUAUGCUUACAGAACCUGGUCUGGCAAGUCAGUGGGCAGGAACGAGUCCUGUGCUGAGAUGAAUGCCAAGAACAAGUUUUUGACUUGGAACAGCGAAGAAUGCAGCAAGCGCCAUCACUUCCUGUGCAAGUACCAACCGUAGAGCCAGAAUCAGGAUCCUGCCAGCCUUGCACAAGCCCCUUCCCUCUCCCUCCACUGUCACGCAGGCUGCAUGUGAUCACUGCCUCAGAGAGUAAACACAGCAGCUACGGCUGACAAGGCUGUUAUUGUGCUGUUUUCAGGCUCAGAGGCAGGGGCCGCAACAUUAGAAUGGCAGUGUCUUCCUAGCUCUAAAUAUUCACCCCACCAUCCCUUUCCACAGUCCUCUUCUUUCCCCGUCCCCACCUCCAGCUAGCUUAAGCAGACUAGGAGGACGCAUCCCCCACUGAUGAAAAAGCCAGGUCCUUGGCCAUCAGGGAUAAAGGUUUGAAAGACAAGAGGAAGAGACCCAGGAAUGAGCUUCUAGCCCUCUUCAGCUCCUGCAUCCCUCUGCCCCCUCUCUACUGCCCGCCUCCUCCUCAGCCACCUGCUCAGUUUUCCAUUUACCAUCGGGGAACAUCUACCAUGGAGUCUCUGCCAGGCUGAUGUGGACCAUAAACCCCAGGGCCAUUCUUUUAAUAAAGAUUUGUAUGCCGAGAAGAUUGCUCUGUCCAAUUCAGCGGUGAUGAGAGUGAAAAGGUGAAACAAGACUCAGGAAACACACCCAGUGUUUCUUCAUCUCUGUCCUCCCGGUUUCGCUGCCUCCCACCUCUUCAGAACAGCUGUGCCCCACCCCCGCAGCAGCCCUGGUUGGAGAGAAGAGAGAUGGAGGUGACAUGCUCAGGCAGCCUCUAAGCAGG